GAAUUGGAAAAUCGACAGAAGGUGCGCGGAGAGCUCAGUCAGUUCGUCGAUGAUAUCAUUGUACCGCAAAACAUGAUCAAAGUCAUCCUAGAAGCCGAUGUCAGUGAUCGGAGCUUUCUGGAACAACUACAUGAACUCCAGCACAAAAUAAGCUUUGUUCGAGCUCAAGAAUUUAAGGAUGCUCGUGCUGUCUAUGAUGUGAUGGGUGUUUUGGAGAGCCUCAAAUUCAAGGCUGUUGAGAAAAUCCGAGAAUGGAUUUUGACGAAGAUCUAUAUGUUUCGAAAGCCGUUAUCAAACUAUCAAGUUCCUCAACAUCAAUUAUUGAAAUAUCGGUUCUUUUUCGAAUUUUUAUCAGCUAAUGAAAGCAACAUUGCUCAAGAGGUUGUUUGA